CCAGCCAGUGCGCGCCACCACCUGAGCCUGGCGAGAGCCGGGGCGCACGCAGUCUUCAGCCUCCUCCUUUCCGCCUCUGGGGGCUGGCGCGCAGAGUCUCCCCGAGAUAGCGCCGCCGCCGCUCCCCGCGCCACCCCGUCGUUGGCCUUGGGGGUCGGGAUGCUGCGGCAGGUUCUGCACAGGGGCUUGAGGACGUGUUUCUCCCGGCUCGGCCACUUCAUUGCCAGUCACCCGGUCUUCUUCGCCUCGGCGCCCGUGCUCAUCUCCAUCCUGCUCGGCGCCAGCUUCAGCCGCUACCAGGUCGAGGAGAGCGUGGAGCACCUGCUGGCGCCCCAGCACAGCCUCGCCAAGAUCGAGCGCAACCUCGUCAACAGCCUCUUCCCGGUCAACCGCUCCAAACACCGACUCUACUCGGACCUGCAGACCCCCGGGCGCUACGGCCGGGUCAUCGUCACCUCCUUCCAGAAAGCCAACAUGCUGGACCAGCAUCACACUGACCUGAUCUUAAAGUUGCAUGCUGCUGUGACCAGGAUCCAGGUUCCAAGGCCUGGUUUUAAUUACACGUUCGCCCACAUAUGUAUCCUGAAUAAUGAUAAGACUUGCAUCGUGGAUGACAUAGUGCAUGUUCUGGAGGAGCUAAAGAAUGCUCGGGCCACCAACCGGACCAAUUUUGCUAUCACAUACCCAAUCACUCACUUAAAGGACGGGAGGGCGGUGUACAACGGACACCAGCUUGGAGGCGUCACUGUGCACAGCAAGGACCGGGUCAAGUCCGCAGAGGCCGUCCAGCUCACCUACUACCUGCAGUCAAUCAACAGUCUCAACGACAUGGUGGCUGAGAGGUGGGAGUCCAGCUUCUGCGACACUGUCCGACUAUUCCAGAAAUCCAACAGCAAAGUCAAAAUGUACCCUUACACAUCCUCCUCACUGAGGGAAGAUUUCCAGAAGACCAGCCGCGUAUCAGAACGUUACCUGGUCACCAGCCUGAUCCUGGUGGUCACUAUGGCCAUCCUGUGCUGCUCUAUGCAGGACUGCGUCCGCAGCAAACCCUGGCUAGGCCUGCUCGGGCUGGUGACUAUAACCCUGGCCACUCUCACCGCGGCCGGGAUCAUCAAUCUUACUGGUGGGAAAUACAAUUCCACCUUCCUGGGAGUCCCUUUCGUCAUGCUAGGUCAUGGAUUAUAUGGGACUUUUGAAAUGUUAUCCUCCUGGAGGAAAACUAGAGAAGACCAACAUGUUAAAGAGAGAACUGCAGCAGUCUAUGCAGACUCCAUGCUCUCCUUUUCUCUCACCACUGCCAUGUACCUGGUCACCUUUGGCAUAGGGGCCAGCCCUUUCACGAACAUUGAGGCAGCCAGGAUUUUCUGCUGCAAUUCCUGUAUUGCAAUCUUCUUCAACUACCUCUAUGUACUCUCGUUUUAUGGUUCCAGCCUGGUAUUCACUGGCUACAUAGAAAACAAUUACCAGCAUAGUAUCUUCUGUAGAAAAGUCCCAAAGCCCGAGGCAUUGCAGGAGAAGCCGGCAUGGUACAGGUUUCUCCUGACAGCCAGAUUCAGCGAGGACACAACUGACGGCGAGGAAGCGAACACUUACGAGAGUCACCUAUUGGUAUGUUUCCUCAAACGCUAUUACUGUGACUGGAUAACCAACACCUAUGUCAAGCCUUUUGUAGUUCUCUUUUACCUUAUUUAUAUUUCCUUUGCCUUAAUGGGCUAUCUGCAGGUCAGUGAAGGGUCAGACCUUAGUAACAUCGUAGCAACCGCGACGCAAACCAUUGAGUACACUACUGCCCAGCAAAAGUACUUUAGUAACUACAGUCCAGUGAUUGGGUUUUACAUAUAUGAGUCCAUAGAGUACUGGAACACUAGCGUCCAAGAAGAUGUGCUAGAAUACACCAAGGGGUUUGUGCGGAUAUCCUGGUUUGAGAGCUAUUUAAAUUACCUUCGGAAACUCAAUGUGUCCACUGGCUUGCCUAAGAAAAAUUUCACAGACAUGUUGAGAAAUUCCUUCCUGAAAGCUCCCCAAUUUUCACAUUUUCAAGAGGACAUCAUCUUCUCUAAAAAGUACAAUGAUGAGGUUGAUGUAGUGGCCUCCAGAAUGUUUUUGGUGGCCAAGACCAUGGAAACUAACAGAGAAGAACUCUACGAUCUCCUGGAGACCCUCAGGAGACUUUCUGUCACCUCCAAGGUGAAGUUCAUUGUCUUCAACCCGUCCUUCGUGUAUAUGGAUCGAUAUGCCUCCUCUCUGGGAGCCCCCCUGCACAACUCCUGCAUCAGUGCUUUGUUCCUGCUCUUCUUCUCGGCAUUCCUGGUGGCAGAUUCUCUGAUUAACGUCUGGCUCACUCUCACGGUUGUGUCCGUGGAGUUUGGAGUUAUAGGUUUCAUGACAUUAUGGAAAGUAGAACUGGACUGCAUUUCUGUGCUAUGCUUAAUUUAUGGAAUUAACUACACAAUUGACAACUGUGCUCCACUGUUAUCCACAUUCGUUCUGGGCAAGGAUUUCACAAGAACUAAAUGGGUAAAAAACGCCCUGGAAGUGCAUGGGGUAGCCAUUUUACAGAGUUACCUCUGCUAUCUUGUUGGUCUGAUUCCUCUCGCAGCUGUGCCUUCAAAUCUGACCUGUACACUGUUCAGGUGCUUGUUUUUAAUAGCAUUUGUCACCUUCUUUCACUGCUUUGCCAUUUUACCUGUGAUACUGACUUUCCUGCCACCCUCGAAGAAAAAAAGGAAAGAGAAGAAAAACCCUGAAAACCGGGAGGAAAUUGAAUGUGUGGAAAUGGUGGAUAUUGACAGUACCCGAGUGGUUGACCAAAUUACAACAGUGUGAUAGAGUCUCUGCUUGUUAUAUUUUCACCCUAGGUCUUAUCGAGAGCAAAGAGAUUAUGUUACUGAAACAAAUUCAAAGUUGUUCUUUCUUUUUUAAGUAUAAGAAACAGACAUUGCCAAAGUAAAGGACAAGGGGGGAAAUGGGCAUUGCACAUUUUCAGUCUUUAAAACAAAAGGACUGUUACCAGAAAGAAUGUACACACACACACACACACACACACACACACACACACACACGCGGAGACAGUCUUAAACUAAAAUCAAAUAGAAGAAAGCUUAUUAGCAAGCAGAAUCCUAUUUUAUUCACACUGCAGAUGUUGCUGGUAUUGUGACAAAAACCUACUGAUUGAAAGGUCAGCUGCCAAGGCAGAAAUAGCUUUAAGCAUUGUUCACACAAUAAAGCUUCCAGAACUUCUGCAGAGCAGUAGCUCCAGGCAGGGUCUGUGGUUUGAGGUCUUAGCUGUCUCAUCUAGCUCCGCAGCACCACAAAGAGAUGCUUUCAAAAGUUCUGGCCAGCAGAAACAAGCCAGAACCUUGGAAGUGACACACAGUAGAGUGGCCAUCACCCACGGAGUGAAAUUGAGUGAUGUCUAAAUUCACCCAGGUGAGGCAGUUUUGUUUUGUAGAAUGAAUUGAUCAUAUCCCCCCAUCAGUAUACUUUCAACGUUUGUAUGAUUUGGUUAAUACACCUUUAAACCAAUGACAGCUCCAGCAUCGCGGAGUUGGGGCGAUUCUAUUUUGGAAUAUCUUGUUGCUUGUCACCAAAUGGAUCUGCUUUAUUAGUUACAGCUCUUGGCAGGAAGCUCUGAGUACCCAAAACGACAGAGCCAAACCCAAAUACCUGGCAUGAUGGAGAAGCAGGAGUCUACUUGAACCCAGAGACAGCGUCUCCAUUUUAACAAAACAAUAUGGCCAGCUGGUACAGCUGUUUGCAGUUUGACCCUACAUGCAGUUUUUGCGUGGAUGCCCAGAAACAACAUCUGCCUACGCACAGCUGAGGAAGGAGAAAUGAACACUGACAUGGUUGUUUGCCAUAGCUUUCAACUAGUAGAGCCGGUCUGCCUUCACGAUGAGACACGGCUGCUCAAAGACACAGAGGAGAAAAGAAAGUUCUUUGGUGAGUGUAAUCCCGAAACGAAGAAAAUUUUCAGAAGUGCAGGCAGGGAGAUGAAGGACUGAAGGGGAGACAGAUGGAAAUGACCGGAAGAUGUAAUCACCGAUACUAGCGUAUCACUGGUGACAGUCAAACGUUCCUGCUAAGCCGGCUGCACUUUCAUCUCCCUGGUUCCCUCCCCCUGCCCCCGCACACACAUACCUUUGCUGGUGCCCCUCUAAUGCAUUGCACGGCCCUUCUGUACAUUAAUGAGCCUAGUUUAUACUGUUUAUACUGUUGAUUGCCAUAUCCACAGGCUCUAAAAAGAAACAGCUUGAUUGGAAGAGGCUGUGUAUGCUGUCCCAGACCCCUGCAUUUCUUUAUGUCUAUAAAAAUGAAGCUAACUCCUGGUCACAUUUGAGGCAAACGUCUACAGUAUUUUUCCCUUUUAGAGACGUAGCUUAUUUAGACAUCUAUAGUGGUAAGCAUUUCCCAAAAGCACCUUUGCUCUCUGGACCUUAGCGGAUGUACCGUGCAACUUCCCCAUCCUCCACAGAGGAGGAAACCAAGACCUAGGAGGAAAAAGCGACUCAGCCAGGGUCACACCACUAGAGGGUUUCCAUCAUUUUAGCAUGCCUAAGACAGGGCAGGCCACUUUUAGAUUUUCCCUUAAGAGGGCUAUUACUCCCUUCAAGGUACAUUUCCAAGGAAAGAACAUAGGACUUUACUGGCCACAAGGCAGACUUUUUUUUUUUUUUUGUAAUGUCUGGGUAAUGUUUGGGAUUUAGCUUUGCCAUUGUCUUUCCAAACAGCAAAAAUGCCCAAAUGAUUCAGAUGUAACUGCACCAAGUGCAAACCUGUGCUUUCUAUUUCAUGUACUGUUGUUCACAGAGUUCAAAAUACACAUGCAGGGGGUCGUAGCUAGUGCGUUACGCACUUGUGCAGUCUCUCCUGCAGACACACUAAGUGAUCAUACCAACGUGUUAUGCACUCAACUAGAAGAUAAUGAGCUUUAAUCUGAGGACAAGUAUAAGUCCUCGAAAAAGGGCAAGUUCGCAUAAUAGAUCUGCGAUCAAUUCUCUCUCCAAGGGGCCUGCAACUAGGCUAUUAUUUAUAAAACACAGAUGAAGAGGGGAUUGGUUUUAUUCUUGAAUCAUAUGUUGCUAAAUCAUUUUCUGAACAGUGUGUUCUAAAUCAGCCAUUGAUUUAGUGUCGGCCACGUGGAGUACCUCGGGUUAAAGCUACUCCACAAAACUGAUAAAACACACACGCCAAUUAAACAGAUUUUGUUGAGAAUUUCAUCAUUCAAUUUGGUCAACCAGAAUGACUUGCUGUGGGACUUUGUUUUAUGACAGAUGGUAGUUUUCCAACUUGAUUGAGUCUCUGUAUACCUUGGAAUAUUGUAUUUUUAAAUGAAGGGCAUUUUCAACCUUGUCAACUUCCCUUUUCAGCACUUGAAAUCAAGGCUUAUGGAAUUCUGACUGUGGAAUGAUUUUUUUUUUACUAGGGGACUCUGCAUGUCAAGAUUUAUUAUUUAUUGUUACAUCAUUAUUUAUUUGUUAAUGAUUAUUGCUCUGACAGCAUUGGUUUAGCCCCACCAUGGAGAAGCCACUUUAGAAGCAACUCAGAAUCACAUCCCCAUAAAAUUUAAGUCUUUACUUGGUGAAGUUUUACUUUUGCAAUUGCUAUAAAGAGGGAGGGAAGAAUCCUGGAAAACACUUGCACAAGUUUUAUUUUUCAAUUAAUUCCAACCAAGACGUUAAUUUUCACUUUACCAAAGAAACUUUUUUGGUUGGUUUUCAGUUGGUGUUUGUUUACCAAAGAAAAAUAUUCCAUUCAUCAAAAAUAUGUCUCCUGGUCAACUAAAAAACUGUGAUACUUGGGCGUUCUUGGCCAGUUGUAAGGAAAAAAAGAAAAGUCAGGGUCAGGGUGGCAAUUCUUUCAUUGAAGAGAACUCAGCAGAAAAUGUAAAUUCAUAAGACACUCGGGGUUUGCAAGCCAGAAAAUGAUACUUGAAAUAGGGCACUGUUGUUGAGCCCUAUACCAACGGUCCAACACGAAGCAUGCGGGCUCCUCAGGCUAAAAGGAGUACAUUUUUUUCCACAGGAAAAAAAAAUAAGACAAACCCUCAUGAAGCUCCCUCUUCAUCGUUGCAGUGCAUAAGUUUUGUCUGGGUUUGGUUUGAAGUUCUGGGGUUUUGUUCUGCUUUGGUUUGGUUUGCAGUGUUUGUUUGCAUUUGCUUGUUUUGCUCCCAUCUUUCCUACUAUUUUUACCUCCUCAGUUUUCACUCAGAAGGGAGAUAAUCAGAUGCCAUCCUCCAUUGCAAUGGUUAUUCAGGCAACAUACUGCUGUAAAUGAGGCCCAUGAUAACCCAAUUGUUUUAAACUUAUUUAACCACCACUCAAGUGUUCUAAGUGGCAUUCCAGGACCAUGGUACCACGGCCCCCCAGUCCCAGCAGUGGUUGGCUGUGUCUGUCUCACGAACAGGUGGGCUGGGCAGCCACCUGGGUAGGGUUGGCCGUGGGGCGGGGGGGGGGGGCAGAGGCAGAGACUCUUGGACACAAAUGGUACCCUCCUCAUGAUGGCUUUAUUCCUUUGGAUUCUAUUAAAGUAGCCCUGCAGCUUGUAGUAGUGUCCGAACUCUGUGAAUCUCUGUUUUCUCAUCUGUAAAAUGGGGAUAAUAACAGUAAGUAUCUUUAAAUUCGGCGAAUACUUACUGAGGGCCUACUAUCACCCAGAUACUGUUCUACAGACUGGGGACAGAGCAGUGAGCCAAUGAGAUGAAAUAUACCUGCCCUUGGAGAGUAUACAUCUGCAGGAUGCUGUGGAUAUACUGGGAGGAUCAAGGGAGAUGAUGUUCAGAAAGCACUCAUGGCAAGGGCUGGUGUAGAGAAGAAAUUCAAGACAUUGUAAUUCCUCUGUCCCACACAGUAGCACUAGGGCCCAGGACGUUAAGCUACGGAGAAGUAUGUUUUUCAGAUCUGGGCACAGAAUUAGGGCUAUAUAAAGAUGCAAUGAGUUCUCCUGGUCAUUUCAGGGCACUCAAAAUGCAGCCAGAUCACCAUUCAGCAGGGCAAACUGUCAAGAGGGCACAAGCUCCAGAUGUGGGGGUUGGAUUGCAAUCCUUGAAAAAAAUGGGCUAUAGGCACUUGGGGAUCAGAGUUGGGAGGCAAGGGCACUUGCUAUUUAAUUACUGUGCCUGACUUGAUUGAAGGUAUUUGAACAUUCCUGCUGGGUAAUUUGCUUUUAAGUCCAGGCUACACAAAAAGCACCAGGUAUUUGAAGACAAAGUUCCCACUUUUUAAAAGCACGGUAAAGCGGCAACAUGGAGGAAAACAUUAAAUUAGUACCACCAGGUUCUCUGGCGAAGAACUGAGGAUGGCUGCAGCCAGCACAUGGCAGCGUUCCUCCCCGUGGUGGCUACAACUGUUUCUGUUUCAGGCCAGUCCAGGAGAAAGCAAAGAGGAGAGUGAAUGAGCUAGAAGCUGUUCACCUGAACAGGCAGUGUCAGGAGGUCUUCCCCAGCCCUGCCUCUCACCUGCCCCCCUUCUGCCCACGACAUCUGUGUGAAGUCCUCUUUGAGAUCUACGAGGGUACCGUGCAAGGGAGAGGAAGUGAGGCGACCAGAGUGCUACGGCCUCUGUGCAGAUUUCCAAGUUAGAGUACAACUAGCGCCGUAAGGGUCCAGAGGAGCCUACCUCAUAGGGAAAGAAGGCUUCUCAUUUCAAAGUACAAAGAAAGCAAUAUAUACCAAGGAGGCAACCCACAGAGGAUCCCUGGUGGAAGAAAUGCUGUUCGUGUGGAAUGUGCCAGCCUCUUCUCCCUCCAGAAUGUUGGCACCAGAUGAAUCUUUGGAUAGAAUUAAGCUUACUCCCUCAUUUUUCACGUGAGAAAACUGAAACCUGGAGAAGUGAAAUUACAUGCACAGAGCUACUUAAAAGCAGAUACAGGACUAUAAUUCAAGUCUCCUAGCUCCUAGCCUCAGUCCUUUCUCCAUUCUACCACUUUACUGCCAAAUUCUAUGUAUCUAAAUUAUGGGAUCUUAACGUAGGGGCCGCGGAUGAGUUGGUGGGAGGGCGGGGCUCUGAACUCCCAAAAAUUAAAUCAUAUGCAAAAAUGUGUGUAUAUGUUCAAUAUGUGCAUUUUCCUAAAAAGAGAGUUCAUACUUGUCAUCAGAUUCCAAAAGAGGUCUGUGACCCAAAAAGGGUGAAGAACCACUGUCCUAAAUUAAUAAAGACCUCACCGGGAGUGUGA